CACGCACACACACACACUUUUGUUUCUAAAACGCGCGCAAACAUACAGACAUAUAUUUAUAGAUACAUUUUAUAGAUAUAGAAUCAUAUAAUUCAAUGGAGGUGUACUGUGGAGCUUCUGCCUUGUCUUCUAGAAGCGCAAUCUCACCUUCAUUUCUCUCUUCUCAUCAACCUCCUACUACUUCCGUUUUGUAUAAAUUUACAAGACUUAAUGUUUGGUGUGUUAAGACAACAGACCUUAAGGAGAACCAGAUGAGGGUAUCUAUAACAGGAGCCACAGGUUUUAUAGGGACUAAAUUGGUGCAAAGGCUCUAUCAAGAUAACCAUAGUAUAUGUGUAUUGACAAGAUCCAGUUCUAAAGCACAGUCCAUUUUUCCGGUUAAGGAUUUCCCAGGCAUUGUAAUUGCAGAAGAGGCGCAGUGGAAAGAUUGCAUUGAAGGGUCAACUGGUGUUGUAAACUUAGCUGGGCUGCCUAUUAGUACAAGAUGGUCUCCUGAGAUCAAGAAAGAGAUCAAGCAAAGCAGGAUCAGAGUCACUUCAAAGGUUGUUGAUUUGAUAAAUAACUCCCCAAGUGAGGCAAGACCAAAAGUUUUGGUUAGUGCAACAGCAGUGGGCUAUUAUGGCACUAGUGAAACUCAAGUGUUUGACGAACAAAGCUCGUCUGGAAAUGAUUAUCUUGCUGAGGUUUGCAGAGAAUGGGAGGGAACAGCCCUUGGAGUUGAUAAGGAUGUUCGGCUCGCUCUCAUUCGUAUUGGUGUAGUUUUGGGGAAAGAUGGUGGCGCUUUAGCUAAAAUGAUUCCCAUCUUUAUGAUGUUUGCUGGGGGACCAUUAGGCUCUGGGAAACAAUGGUUUUCAUGGAUUCAUGUAGAUGACUUGGUGAAUAUGUUAUACGAAGCCUUAUCAAAUCCAUCGUAUAAAGGGGUUAUCAAUGGAACUGCACCAAAUCCUGUUCGCCUAGGUGAGAUGUGCGAACACCUGGGGUCUGUCUUAGGACGGCCGUCAUGGUUACCUGUACCCGACUUGGCCCUCAAAGCCGUCCUUGGAGAAGGUGCUACAGUGGUUUUGGAAGGACAACGGGUGGUUCCGGUAAGAGCCAAAGAGUUGGGAUUUUCAUACAAAUAUCCAUUCAUCAAGGAAGCACUGAAAGCCAUCUUAUCCCAAAAGGUGGCAGUUUGAAAUAGAUCCUCGCCACAAUUUUUUAUUACUAUUUUGCUAUUGACCCGAGGCGAUGCACUCAAGAAAGAGUAGUCAGAGAACAGGGAAAACAAAAGAAAUUUGACAGGAAAUACAAAUUUUCCAUAUUGCAGAUCAAAAACUUCAUUUUGUAAAUUUAUACCCUGAGCUUGUUUCUAAUAAAAACAUAACGAUGCUGCAUUGAGGUUAGCCAUAUAUUGAAUCUUUUAAGUGUUUUUUUGACAAA